AUAGUCAUCAAUGAUGGUUACCUUGAUGAGAUUUUCGCUAAGUCCGGAUACCAGCUCAUUAUUUUAUUCGUGCUCUCCACUGUCAUUCAAAUUAUCCUCUGCCGCCGCGUUGACAGAAGCGCGAUGUCGCACUCUUGCAAAAAGUUCUAAUGCCUAUAAGGCUAUGGCGCGGCCUGCGGGUAGGGUGUCCAUAUUGUAUUAAAAGGUAUCGACCUUGUUAUUGUCUUUCAUCGUAUCACUGCGGCCCUCCUCCCCAUCAAGCCACAAUCUCCAGACAAAGAGAAUUUCAUUACGGUGUCAUAGUCAAACCCCAAUUCUCUCUGAUACCUCGGUGAUCUCAGAUCCUUCGAAAAAUAAUUUUCUUGUGCUUAGGCCAGGUACGCUAAAUGAAAUCAACAGAGAAGCACAAUGUCAAAACUAUGGAAAAGAAGGCUCGGGCAGCAGAGGUAUCUGCUAUUCGCUUUAUUAAAGCCAUUCGCCAAAAAGAAAUAAUUAUUCGUCGCAAUAAAUGGAGAGACGAUCCCGGCCUAACUUUCGAAAAUCACAAGUUCAAGGGUUACCUUGGGUCUGGUGCAUGGGGUGACGUUUUAUUGGCCAUGAAUACAGAAACAAACAAACAUUAUGCCUUGAAGCUCCUGUUAAAUGUCACAAAGUUCGACCGUUCAGAUACUCUUCCUCAAGGGGCUCUUGAGCCGCCUCUGACAGCUAGCAGUGACGCCUCUAAAAGCUCCUCUCACUCAGUGGAGAGAUUAAGUCUUCGUGCUAAGAGAAAUGAGGAAACCAGAAUCUUUCUCCGAUAUAUUAGAAGUGGUCAUCCUCACAUCUGCAAUCUCGAGGCCUUCGUUCAAUACAAACCAGGAUAUGGUGAUGAAGAAUUUGCCAUGGGGCUCUUUUUCGAAUAUUGCGAUGCCGGUAACCUCAGUAUCCUAUCGAAAAACUUUCGGACUCGAAGAAUCAAACCACCGGAGCUGUUCAUCUGGCAAGUUUUUUAUGAAAUGAUUAGCAGCAUAGCAUUUCUUCACAAUGAACAUCCAGAUUACAAUACAAAGCCGGAAAAUUUAGGCCGCGAAGCCAUUUUUCACGACGAUCUUCGAUCCGAAAAUGUAUUUUUGCAAUGGGGACCAGAUAAAGAAGGUGGAUAUCCACACGUAAAGAUUGGAGAUUUUGGAACCUCAUUUACCGAGCCUCUAGGUGGCCAUAUCCCUGAUCCAGAAUAUGAUCCGCCCUCGUCACAAGAUGAGGGUUGGGGGCCUCAGCCUGUUAAACUAAAGACCGAGGUUUGGUGGGUGGCUGCUGUUGUAUAUGAGUUGGCUCGUACCGGCGUCGUUUUGGACAAUAUCCUUAAACUUAGUCUACAGAAGAGCCACGAGGAAUUUCUGAAGAUAGAUCCUAUUGAUAGUCAUCUGAGUGAAGUUCUGGACCAAUUGAUAAGAGGAACGCUGACACCAGAGGUUGAAAAGAGACCUUUUUCCGGAGAACUCUAUCUUCAUCUUAAGAAUGCUUUUGGGGAGAGGGUGGGCCUCAUGUAUAGGAAAUUGCCUGAUUGGGCUGGAGAAGCGACGUUAACUCAUGUUUUUGAAGAAAAUAUGAUGAUAGAAUUGAAUGAAGGGGGUCUGAAAUCGAAUUGGGAUUGCCGGAGAGACGUUGAGAAUGCAAUGUGAAUGGCUGAACUCACGACAGCAUAGUUAGUAUAUGGAUCAUUGAGGAUGCAUUAGGAAACGAAGAUGAGGGAUCCGAGGAGCCGCUAUACAGAAGGUUCCAAACGCAUGCAAUAAAAGAAAUAGAAAGGGAGCCGAAUGAAAGGUUGCACGAAACAUUGGCAU